UGAGUCGGUGAGUUGACUCGAGAACUGCUCUUACCGAUUCAGUCUGAUUCGUGAAUGAAUCGUUCAUACCGGAACAGGUUCAUUUGAUUCUGUGAAACGAUUCAACCGAAAAGAACGACUCGCUCGCGAUUCGACCAUCGCUAUACAACAUUCUAGAGCGGAGAGAAAGGCAGCAGAUCCCUCUCAUACUGCCACUAAAACAGACACACACAGAGACAGGCGCAUAUUUUCCCACAUAAAUGGAGGCACGGCCAUCGGGCGCCAUCAAACAGCCCUAAACCUGUAAACAUGGUGAAGGACCAAGAAGUGGAGCGCAUCGCAAAAAAGCUGGACAAAAUGGUGCAUAAGAAAAACACUGAUGGUGCCAUUGACCUGCUUCGGGAGCUGAAGAACAUGAAGAUGUCUUUGGAGACCCUACAGUCCACGCGGAUCGGGAUGUCAGUGAAUGCAGUGCGGAAGCAGAGCUCGGAUGAGGAGGUGCAGACACUGGCCAAAUCUCUCAUCAAGACCUGGAAGAAACUGCUGGAUGGUUCUGAGGGUAAAUCGGAGGAGAAGAAAAAAGGAGGAUCUCCUCUCCAGUCCUCAUCUUCUAAAGACUGUCCUGGAUCCAGUGACACCAGUAACAAGCCGGAGACACCAAAAACUCCCACCACCCCAGUCACCCCCAAAUUCACCACCUUCCCACCUGCACCCGUCACCACGGACAGCGUGCGCACUAAAUGCAAAGAGCUGCUGGUGGCGGCCCUACAGACUGAUGGUGAUUACCAGACGAUCGGUGUAGACUGUGAACACCUGGCAGCACAGAUUGAAGAUUGUAUCUACCAGGAGUUCAAGUCCACUGACAUGAAGUACAAAACCAGACUGAGGAGUCGCAUCUCCAACCUCAAGGACCAGAAAAACCCAGACUUACGCCGGAACGUCCUGUGCGGCAACAUCUCUCCAGACCGCAUCUCCAGCAUGACCGCAGAGGAGAUGGCAAGCGCUGAGCUUAAAGAGAUCAGGAAAGCGCUGACCAAGGAGUCCAUUCGAGAGCAUCAGCUCUCCAAAGUGGGCGGCACCGAGACUGACAUGUUCAUCUGUGGAAAAUGCAAGGGCAAGAACUGCACUUACACUCAGGUCCAGACACGCAGCGCAGAUGAACCCAUGACCACCUUUGUGCUGUGCAACGAGUGUGGAAACCGGUGGAAGUUUUGUUAAAGACUAAAGUGAGCAUGAUUCUUCAUAUGAAGAGAUGACCUGAAUUCAUAGUAUAAGGAAAUGUGUUUUUUUUUUCUUUUGAGAAAAAAACAAACCUGAUGUCUUUUUUUUUAUAUAUGCAUUUUCAUAGCUUUGUAAUAUAUGUAAUGAGUGUUGCUUCUUCAAAAAGCUAUUUCUGUAUUUUUUCUUUUUCUUUUUUUACUGGUGUAAUAUUAUUGCCUUUCACGCACUGCCGAUAACUUAGACCUAGUAAGUCAGCUGGCUUGUUCAGUCUUGCUUUGCCUUUUGAGAUAGCGCUUGUGCCUUUCUGCUCUGUGAGUGCCAAGUAAUUGCUGAAAGAAUUUGUACACAUUCAUACAUAUAUUGUUUUUUUGUUUUUUUUUUGUGGGGGAACAUGUGCUUUUCAUAUGUUUAUGCAGUUUUUGCACUUUGCAGAUGAUUUAUUUAACCAAAUCUUGAAUGAUUGGUUGCUUUUCCAGAGUUUAGAAAGACUUGAAGGAUUAUAGUUAAUAUUUGAGCCUUAGUGUAGGUGCUAGUUUGCUUCUUGUAGAGAACCAGACGAGGAGGAAAAACAGAAUGUGGUACAUAAUUAAAGGUUCAUAUGUAUUGUAUGAAUAAUUGGACUGUUCUGUCUCAGUAAAUUUGGCUAAGAAUAUUUUGUGGUUUGAAUGCGUGUUGUUGUGUGUG